AUGGCACACCAGCAAGUUUCCUUUACCACUAUACAGUGGUUGUGGACGGCUAUCCUAUUCCCGGUCAUGACUUUUGUUUUCUACAAGGGUUUCUACAACGAGCCUCAGGCGGGACAGAAGGUUGCGCAGAAGGCUCAAUGA